AUGCAUCUUUUCAGUACUUCCCUAUUGGUUAUUUUCGCCGUUAUCGUAGUCGAAACUUGCAUUCCAUCAAACGCCCCAGGAUUACCAGGACCGCCAGGUCUCCCAGGACGAACAGGUUUGAAGGGAGAUCCAGGUGGGCGCGGUGAACCAGGAACUGAAGGACCACAAGGAGUUCAAGGCCCGCCUGGAGUGCCUGGGAGUAACGGUAUGCCAGGAGUGGAAGGAGAUGUAGGAAAACGAGGGGAGAAAGGAAGAGUUGGAAUGCAAGACUUUCUUCAGACUAAAGUCUACUUGGAGACGAAAGUCCACCCUGAAUGCCUGGAAUUGAAGGCCCAGGAGAUGACGGAGAUGUGGGAUUGCCUGGAUUGUCUGUUUCCGCAGCUCAAGGUUACCGAGCGAAAUGGACAGGAAGGAAGACGAGGAGAACGAGGAGUAAAAGAAGCUGAACGACAACCAGGGGAACUGAUCCAAUCGAUCCAAGAUUCGUGUGCAGUUCUCAUAAAUUGA